UGCAACGCUGCUGGUCGGGAGCAGAAAAAAACAUGUUCCCUUCGUCUAGGAUUAGGCAUAUUAUACCCGUGGUUAUUGACAACAAUUGACAUAUGGAUACUAUUGACACGAUAAUAACAUCAUCGUUGACAACCUGCUUAAACAUGUACCACUCAGACCACAGAGUCAAUUUCCCUGACCUCUCCUUCAGCAUUCCAGGCCCUGGAACUUUGGGUUUAGCAUCUAACCACUGAACCAACUCCCUGUCCGAUACCCCUCCACAUAUCAUAUACCCCCUACCCCAGCACCCACACAGCUUUUCCCCCUGCCCCCUGUCUGAACCCCUAUACCCGGGUACACCCAGGGACCAUGGACAACCCCCCCAAGCUGUCUGGCGAGACCCUGAUCGUUCACCACAUCCCCCUGGUACACUGUCAGGUGACUGGUGGGCGGCAGGGCUGUGGUGGAGGAGGGGGGUCCCUGAAGAGAUCAAACCCUUUCAGCUACCCAGAAACCCUGGGCUUGAGCCGCACCACCUCCCUUCCUGAGCAGGAUGUACUCCAGAGGGAAGCCCUGGUAUACAGCAGCCUCAUCCAGACCUCCACAGGAGGAGGAGGAGGAGGAGGCAGCACGGGGAGCGAUGAUUCGUCGGUGACAUCCAGUAACUGCGAGGACCAGGUGAUGGUGAUGGUGGCCCACACUAUGCCCAGGGUGAAGCCAAGAGAACAGGUCAACAACCCACUCCGGCUCCGUCACAACCCUUUUCUGCUCAACACGGAGGAGGAUGAUGAUGAUGAGGAGGAGGAAGAGGAGGAAGAUGAUGGUGAUAACCUGAACGGAUACUUGGAAGACUCCUCCUUUCAUCUCCAUGGCGAUACAAACUCCGCCCUGGACGAGGAGGGAGACGGGAUUGCACCCUUUCACCUCCACGACCUGGGGUCCACCACACACAAGCCCUUCCUGUUGCACAGCACCCUGGGUAAGCACUCUUGGGGCUGCUCAGGGAGGCUGGACUCCCUUAGGGGCGUGUCCUCUGAUCUCUCCACCCACCUGGAGGGCCUGGACCUGCUGGGAUUGGACAGUCCACGUCGCCACGGCAGCAGUGGCUCCACCCUCUCCAUGGACUGCGGAGAGCAGGAGUGGGGUGAGGAUGAGGAGGAGGAAGAGGAUCAUCCAAUGAGGGGUGGGGGACGGGGCAAUAGCCAAGCUGACUCCUCCUCUGGCUCUGGCGCCGCCCAUCAGCGCUGCUCCUGCUGCGGCCUCUCCCAGACAUAUCUUGAACAUUUCCCGGAACCGUUUUCAGAGUCGUCGGAACGCCAGCUGGGCUACGCCAGCGACUCUUCCUGUAACAGCUCAGAUGGUGUGCUGGUUAACUUCAGCGCCAUCUAUAAUAACAUGAACAACAGCAUCCCGGCAACCUCUACCAAGCCGCCACCUCUGGCCACCACGACCACCAACCUCAACAGCUCCACCGACCAAUCUUGCACUUCCUCUGUCUGCAUCUGCUCAGUGCUGGAUGAGGAGGCAGGGAGUCGAAGAGGCUCCGGAGGUGGGGGUGCUUUCUACCUAGACCUCCACACCUCCCCCACUGAACCCCCCCACCUCCACUCUCAACAACCCCCCUGCCCCUCCAGCAACGCCCUGCCGUUACUCAUCGAACCCCACUCUCACCCUCACCCCACCACCUCCUCCUGCACCUGCUCAGCUGAACACCAGGGGGCUCUAGACCUGGACUCCAACUGUAACUCCUAUCACCCCCCCCACUCCGACUCAGGAAGUGACCUCAUGUCCUGUCUGCGGAGCCAGGCGCGUCUGGUGGUAACCACCCAGAACUACUAUAAGCUGGUGACCUGUGACCUUUCUUCUCCGUCGCCCCCGAGCCCUGCGGGAAGCUCCGCAUCGGUUGCCAGCUGCUCUGACGAGCACAGCAAGGAUAGCCCUGCCCCUGACACGCCCACCGCCACCCAGCCAACCGAAUACUACCUGUUCACGCGGCCACCGGGAGGAGAGGAGGAGGAGGAGGAAGAGGAGGAGGAGGAGGAGGAAGAGGAGGAGGGAGGAGAGUCAUCACAGCGUGAUGAAGAUGAGGAAGAAAAUGAUGAAGACGAGCAGGACGGGAAGAAGAGGAAGCAGCAGCAGCAGAUGGGUGGAGCUUGUUCAGACCCAAUCAUUGAGGGCCAGGUGUACGUCAACAUCUCCCCUCCUGUGGUUGGCCGAGGACCCAUCGGAGGAGGGCCCAGCCGCCCCCGUUCCCGUAGCUACGACCGGAACCUGGACAUGUCCACGCCCCCUCGGCUCGGCUCAUUGGAGCGCAUGCUGAGCUGCCCUGUCCGUCUCAGUGAGGGCACCGCCCCCCUGGGCCCUUCCCCUCUGCCGCGGGUCACUUCCUUUGCAGAGAUCGCCAAGAGCAAGAGGAAAAAUGGAGGAAGCACGGGCUCUCCUUCUCUCAGGACGGGGGGAUGUUCAGAUCCCUUUUCCUCCACCCACUCGGCCCACUCCCACUCCUCGGCCGACUUCUCCCCCAUCCUGGAGGGCCUGGGUCAGGGUCCGAGCCACAGUUUGCCCUUCCAGCGCUGCUACAGCCAGGGCAGUGUGGACCGCCACUCACCUGGUGAUGGCGACAGAGACACACGUUCCAAGGCCGCAGGUGGUCUCUCCAGCUCUUCAUCCAGCUCAGCAGUGGUGCGUUACACUAAAGACCAGCGGCCCACCACCCUCCCCAUUCAACCCUUCACCUUCCACCACCAGUUCUCCAAGCCGCCCCAGCCCCUGCUUCCCUUGCUGACGGGCUACGUCCCUGGGAUGCAGGCCCGGGGUGGAGGGCCUUCUGGAGGUCCGGAGGGGGGUGAAGGCGCCAACGACCCAGGGGAAGACUCGAUGCGUUGGUGCCAGGGUAGUGGUGGUGAUGGGAUGGUGUCAGCAGUGGCUACCCUCGGUCCUGGCUCGGUCCGGCCCUCGCCACUGGGUAGCUAUUCCCCGGUCCGCCUCCAGGGAGCGACAUCCAGCUCAGGGACCUGUUCUACCUGUACCCCCAGCCCCCAGCCAACCCGUAGCCUCUCCUGCCCCCUCUCCACCGGGCUCCUGCCCCUUCACCAUACCCCUUCACCAGCGGCAGCUGCCCCUCUGCCACCCACACCUCCGCCCCCAACAUUGGGGGUGAAGCGGGGUGCGGUGCCCCCCAUGUUGCCUCCGGUGCAGGGCCAGGUGCAUGGUCACCACCACCACCACCGUGGGACCCUGCCCACUUUACCGGCCGUUCCUCAGGACAGUGAGACUUCGCUGGGAUACGAGGAAACGACAUUAGACUCCCUGGAGGGGAGCAGAGGACCAGGGCCCAGGACACAACAUGAUUUCAACGCACCUCUUCCUCUGCCUUCUCCCAUGUACACUUCAUCUUCACCUCUCACUUCUCGUUUAAUCUUGCUUUCCCCAAUCCUCCACAUGAAAACCUACCUUCCUCUCCAUCUUUCUACCAUUACCUCUCUAUAUUUUCUCUUUCUCCUAUCCCACCCAACUCUCUUGUCGUCUCUCCGUGCAUCCCUCCAAACCCCUCAUAUUUUUUCUCUGUGUCCUUCAUCCCCGUAUCCCCUCCUCCAUCCAUCCUCCCUUACAGGGCACCACCUCUCUCCACAGACUCUGAAAUGGAGGGAGUAUCGUCGACAGAACCCGUUAGGGGUGGAGAGGUGUUCCUUGGGGGGCUCUGCAGGGUCAGGCGAUCCGCCUCUAUCAGGCAGUCUGGACGGGAACGGUCGUAGGGGCGGGGCCGUUGGUCAGCGAAUCACACGACGGAACGUGUUUGACUUCCCUCCGGCCUCUAGUGGCCACACCCCCCUGGGACGACUCAAUGGCCAGUCUGUGAAGCAGCUGCAGCAGUACUACAGUGACUUCCUGCCAGACUACUUUUCCCUGACCGAGCGUCCUCCAGAAGAGUUCUGUCUCUCUCCGGAUGCCUCCUCUUCCUCGUCAUCCUCCUCUUCCUCACAGUCCCACAUCGCUGUGGACCUGCAGCAGAAGAGAGGUUUAGUCAAAGCCAUCAAUACAGCGGUAGAUUUAAUCGUAGCUCAUUUUGGCACCAGUCGGGACCCUGAUGUGAAGGCGAAGCUCGGUAACAGUUGGGUGAGUCCCAACGUGGGCCACCUGAUCCUUAAGUACCUCUGUCCGGCUCUAAGGGAGGUGCUGGGGGAUGGGCUGAAGGCCUACGUCCUGGACCUGAUCAUCGGACAGAUACGCAACCAGCCCUGGAGCCUGGUAGAGGCCUCCACACAACUAGGCCCAUCCACCCGUGUUCUCCACAGCCUGUUCUCCAAAGUGUCCCAGUACUCAGAGUUCACCAGCCACAGUAUGAGACUCAACGCAUUCAUCUUCGGACUGCUCAACUUGCGAUCUUUGGAGUUUUGGUUCAAUCACCUCUACACUCAUGAAGACAUCGUAGCGACCCACUACCACCCGUGGGGUUUCCUGCCGUUGUCCCAGGGGCCCUGCCAGCCUCUAUUCGAGGAGUUCCUGCUCCUCCUGCAGCCUCUAUCCCUGUUGCCCUUUGACCUUGACCUGCUCUUUGAGCCCCGAUUGGUCCAGAAGGGCCAGGAACACCGUAGACGCAAGGAGCAGCUCUGCUCCGCCUCCACCGGCGAGGACCUGGACCAAUCAGCACGCUCCACCUUCCAGCUCAUGAGGGGGUGGAGCACAGAGUCACGUAGGGCGGAGUCUAUGAGAGAUAAAAGGGAAGGGAGCGGGGCGGGGAAGAGAGAGAGGCUGGGUCUGAGACGAGAGGGAACAUGGCCUAGGAUGGAAGGGGUUGGAGAGAGAGGGAGUAGAGAAGGUGUGAUGCAGAGGACAGGGUCUAGGAGAGAAGGGGUUGGAGAGAGAGGGAGUAGAGAAGGUGUGAUGCAGAGGACAGGGUCUAGGAGAGAAGGGGCGGGGAUGGAUCGUUUAGGAGCAGGACUUUUGGAAGCACAGCCAAUGACGACGGAAGUAGGGACAGGGUUUGCCAAUCUGUGGAGGGAGAGUGGGAGGGGGAGGGGCAUAAGGAAGGAGAGAGAGAGGGAUUGGGUGGAGGAGGGUCGUCAGCGGCAGGAGCGGGAUCGCCAGGCGUGUUGGUGGUACCAGCUCAUGCAGAGUUCCCAGGUCUACAUCGACCAAUCAGCUCAGGGGGGCUCAAAGUUUGUCAAGACUGAGAAGAGAAAGAAGUCUGCGGAGAGGCGGAGCCAGCUCCCGCCCCCCAGGGAGGGCGUGGUGGAAGGGGCGGAGUCUAGCCAAGAUGAGGAGGGUCUCAGAGAGAGAGGGAGAAGCAGGAAGAGCAGCUCCAGCUCCAGUGGUGAGUGGACGGGGUCCAGGGGAAGAGGAAGACUCUCCUGGAUGGGGAGUCCCCCAGAGUCGCUGCUCACCCAGGACAAGGAGAACGAAACGGAACUGGGGGCCCCAGUGACAGGAGCAGCAGAAGCCUCAGUGGCCCAGCCAGCGGCCCAGGCUGAGUGUCCCUCCCAGGACCAGGGCAUGCGUUGGGGUAGGCUGUUUGGGUCCAGCAUAGGAGGUGGUGGCACCCCCUCCAGGCCAGAGCAGAGAUCAGCCAAAAGUCAGAGCAGGCUGCCGUCCGGCUGGCUGACAGGUCUGGACAUGUCCGUGCUGGACCUCGUAGCUCAGACGGUGGGGGUGGGGACAGGUAAGAGGGUGGAGCCUUCAGCUCCUAUGGCCCCUCCCACUCUGAACCAACCCUCUCCACCUCGUCAGACAGCACAGGAGAGCCACACCAAACAACCCUGUGAAGUACGAGCCCUGUGCCACCACAUAGCCACGGAGCCUGACCAGCUGAGUUUCCAGAAAGGGGACGUACUGAGGGUCCUGAGCCGAGCCGACUCCGACUGGCUCCUCUGCUCCCUGGGGGCCCAGCGGGGCCUGGUUCCUUUCAUCUAUGUUACCCUGAGGGGCAUGGAGGACAGCCAGGUGCCCCAAUGGCCUCAGGGACCACACUGACCUGACAGACUCAACUAGGGUUCCAAAAUUCUGUUUUUUUUUCAGAAAUCACUGUUGGGAGAUUACUGGAAACAAGAGGUAAUAAGGAGGAAAUCUGUGAUUCCUCCAACCGGGAUUUCUGGUAAACCUAGGGAUUUUGGGAAAGUUAGUCUGAACCGAGGGGCCACCGAUUUUGCAACCCUAGCCCGAACCGAGGGGCCACAUUAAGGAAGGGAGAGUGGGGAAAGGAGGAAAGGACUCAGAGGACCAAAUAUGGACACACAGUAUAUAUUCACUGGGUGGAUACAAGACGAUGGAUACUCAUGGAGGAUGCUGAUAUGACUGAUGUGACUGGUUUAAAGUGUAAUUAUUGUACUGUGGGAUGAAACACAGACGGAUACACACACACAAACACACAGAUGUAAACAUGCAUGUAUGUACAUAUACACACAGGCACGAACAAACAGACUUCUCUACGCAUGCAUUUACACUAAACUCAUGCAUGCAUACAUUCAGACUAUACUCACACACACACACACACACACACACACACACACACACACACACACACACACACACACACACACACACACACACACACACACACACACACACACACACACACACACACACACACACACACACACACACAUACCAAAACAAACCAAAACAAACUGUAUGGGAAUACCAAACAGAGACACAUGGCUAGCUACAGAGACUGCCUUAGCUCAGCCGAUAUAUAUAUAUAUACCACACCUAGCUGUGCUUUACUUUACCAUGCCCCAGAAAUAUACUCUAUCAAUCACCUAGCUGUGCCACACUUUGAAUGCAGAUGCUAAUGCUAAAUGCUAGUGUAAAUGCUAGUGCUAGUCCUUGUCCUAGUGCUAAAUACAAGUGAUAGUGCUAAAGCUAAUGCUAGUGCUAAUGCUAAUAGAAAACUUCAGGAGACUGGUUAAAGGACUUGUCAUUAAAUGUAUCCACACUGACAUCAUGCUACUUGAUUUAAUUAGCCCAGAGUUCCUCUGCUUUGUAGUAGGAUGCUAGUAUGAAAAGUAGUGUUGUUACAAAACAGAAAAGAGAAAAAAAAGACAAUAUUGUUUUGCGAGCUCUAUCUCUGGGUGUGUCUUCUGACAGCUGUCGUCAUUUCUCUGUGUGGGCUAAAUACAAAUGGUCAGACAGAUAAACCCGGUUUGAACUGGCUUCAUUAAUUCCUCGUCAUCUGCAAAUUCCUGAUACUCAUCAUCUUGGUAACACAGUGAUUUUGGAUGGACUUAUAAACCUGACUGAUUGGACAAAGCCGACAACAUCCUCUGGUUCCUCCCUUCACUUCCUGUUUGUUUUGGUGGAUGGGAUGAACUGACCUAUCACUGCAGGUGUUGGGAAGGAAAAGGGUGGAGCCGGGCCUAGUGCAUGUAACCUAGCAACAAACUGACAAUGUUUUUGUGUCUUUUCAACUCUUCUUUACCUCUGUUAGAACCCCAAAACCCUAGCUCCUCCCACCUGCUCCACCCCUCUCUCCUUUAUCCAAUAAAACUGCACAGCUUUCAGGAGGAUACUGUACCUCUGGUACAGAGAAAAUGAAGAUGUUCAAGAGGCUAUGAUCAGCUAUGAGCUGUAUGUGUCUAUAUAUAUAUAUCCAGACUGUAAAUGCAUAUACGACUUACUUAUUUAUUGAUUAACGACUAAUGACGAUAUCAUUUAUUAUCGUUGAGGAAAACCGGGUAGUAGAGGUGGAUAAAGAAGGAAGGAUGUCGAAUGAAAGCAACACAUGGCUUUGGAGGUCUGUUCAGGUGCUUUGGUGAAUUUUUCUGAACGUGUUGGGGAGAAGGCUGUACAAACCAAUGGAGAGCCAGCUCCACCCCAACCUCCCUAUUCUAAAACGCUCUAAAAGUGGGCUUUUCUAAAAAUAUAAUAGAAGUACACUGAAUGUUUUCAUUUCAAGCAAAAAAAGAUAUACUUCAAAUGAUUCAGAUUGGUUGUAUGUAAUUGAGAAAGAGAGUAUUGUUUAUUGCUUAUGCCGUAAAGUGCUUGAGAAAGAACCACGGGAGAGCUGAUAUGCUGGACGUAUUUAGCCAUGACCAUGCCUUAUGGUCCCUACAUGAUGUUUUAUAUACGCGACGGUGCGUCCAACCAGCCACUUUCCCUGGGUUUCAGUCCUGAGAGCACUCAGGUUAUCUGGUGGGAAAUAUUUCUGAGGAUAGGAGGCAUUUUAGAAGAAACCCCAAUGCAUUUAGUGGAUUCAGAUGUUUCAAAUGUUGCCUUAGGUUCAGAUUGAGCUGUACAGGUAAACUAGGUUCAGAUUGAGCUGUACAGGUAAACUAGGUUCAGAUUGAGCUGUACAGGUAAACUAGGUUCAGAUUGAGCUGUACAGGUAAACUAGGUUCAGAUUGAGCUGUACAGGUAAACUAGGUUCAGAUUGAGCUGUACAGGUAAACUAGGUUCAGAUUGAGCUGUACAGAUAAACUCAGUUCAGAUUGAGCUGUACAGAUAAACUCAGUUCAGAUUGAGCUGUACAGAUAAACUCAAUUCAGAUUGAGCUGUACAGAUAAACUCAGUUCAGAUUGAGCUGUACAGGUAAACUAGGUUCAGAUUGAGCUGUACAGGUAAACUAGGUUCAGAUUUAGCUGUACAGGUAAACUAGGUUCAGAUUGAGCUGUACAGGUAAACUAGGUUCAGAUUGAGCUGUACAGGUAAACUAGGUUCAGAUUGAGCUGUACAGGUAAACUAGGUUCAGAUUUAGCUGUACAGGUAAACUAGGUUCAGAUUUAGCUGUACAGGUAAACUAGAGCUGGUAAAAAAGGAUUCAACCCUAAUAUGAUGUCAAAACAUUGUGGUUUAAGCCCUGGAUUAGGGUUUGUAGAGCCUAAAUAAUUCACAAUGAAAUUAUGUAAAGUAACAUAAAAAAGGAUAGGUUAGAAAAACAUAAUAUUGCCAGGACGAAUCCACGAGGACAAGAGGUUCAAUCAGAUAAGAGUUAACCUAGCUUGUAGAUAAAGGUGUAUUAUUACUCUUAAAAAUGUAUUUGUAAAAAUGUAUUUCGUUCUUUUAUUUUGUUGUACAGUUAUAUUUUUUUAUAUAUGUUUUUCUUGUUUUUAUUUUAGUUUACAUAAAUUAUUUAAAUAUUUUGUUAUCUCUAAAUUAAAUAUAUUUAAAAUCUUCAAUAAUUAAUUUUGAAAGAUAGGGGUUGUUGAAUGGUAACAGCUGUACUUUAAGACAUCAUUGCGUUAAUAACAAGCUUUUUAAAAUGUGAGUUCGUAUCAUGUUAUGGACAAAGGACAUAACAUAUCAUAUUAUGUUAAAUGUCAGUUAUGGGGAUAAAUACCUGCCCAAAUUAUUAUGAAUAUAACCAUAUAUUUGUUCUUGUGUUUUGGCACAUAUCUAUCUUCAUAACUUGAGGUAAGAUGUCAGUUGUGCAGAAAAUGCAGGAUAUGCAGAUGAGGAUGAGGGUUUUGUUAGUCUUCCAGGUACAGUUUGCUAUUCAUUGACAUCCUCCUGCAGGGUCAUACUACGGGACAGACAGUAUUGUACUGUAGUAGAGGUCUUAGUGAUGGAUAGAGCAGGGAGAGAGAGAGAGAGAAAAGAUACAGAGACAUUUGUAAAACGGUGCAGAUGGAUUUUCCCUCCUUCAUAAUUAGAAGUGUGUCAUUUAUUGUUAUAUUUUUAAAUCUUUAUAAUAGCUAGCGACCUCCUGUGGCCAAAAUACGGUACUGGUUCUGGUCUUGCCUCUACAUGGGAGUGAUAGGCAGAAUUAGAAAGAAGCUAAUGUAUUCUCUCUCUCUCCGUCUCUCCUGUUCCUCUCGUCCAUGUUCCGAUAGAAGUAAACUGUUCCUCAUUCUGUAUUCCGUAUCACCGUGGCACCACUACUGUUCUCCGUGCCCAUAUGACGUGUGUAACACGUCCGUGUCCAUGCUAUAUCAACGUGCUAUGGAUGUUAAUAACAAAGUGCUCAUGUGAUCAUA